GUAGUAUUGGCGUCAAAUUCUACUAAACUUGGUGUUUACUUCGAAACAUUGGUGUAGCUACGUGGAGCACAAGAGAGUAACCAUGAAAGAUAUGAAUGGUAAGAAGGUGAUAUCAUUUUGUCUAGCAGCGCUUACGUUUUUUUCAAUUGGUGAAUUUUACCGAUUUGAUCUUCUUAGGAACAACCAGAACGAUAUUCACAACGCGCCCCCGAUUGCUCCACACUUCGGAAUGCUAGCGGAGUAAGAAACAACCUGCUUGAACCAGAAGCUGACGUGGAGAGUUCUUCCCACCUUCAAAAUGAAACAUCGCAAUCUGAAAGUAAGCCACUUUGUUACCGUCAGGUCCAGAUAUGGAGAGGCAGCGCGAGCCCCCAGACGCCGGAAAAAUCUCAAUGCCCAGGGCUUGAAUGUGGAAUUAGCUUGGUCGAGGAUACGAGUUAUGAGACCAUGGUGAAAAGUGACUCCGUAGUUUUCUUUCAUCGAUCGCGGUGGGAUUGGACAGAGAUGCAAAGGAGACGCCCAUUAAAUCAAGCCUGGGUUUUCUAUUCCUUAGAGAGUCCUCGACACACGAACGGAAAUGCAAUACCACCCAGUAAAUAUGACCGCAUAUACAACUACACGAUGUCAUACAGGCCAUCGUCAACGAUACACUUACCGUAUGGUUUCUAUGAUGAGACCAUACCGCAGAUUUCUUCUGAUAAAAAUCUAUAUUGGGCCAAGGAAAAAACUGGAUUAGUGGCCUGGGCUGCAUCCAAUUGCCGUAAAGCUUCUUGGAGGCGUCAUGCAUUUGUUAAAACACUUGCAAAGCACGUCAGCGUCGACAUGUAUGGAGGUUGUGGGAACAUAAAGUGUCCUAGGAACUCAGAUGACUGCUGGAAGCGCAUUAGGAGUCAUAAGUUUUACCUGGCAGUGGAAAACAGUGAAUGCAGAGACUACAUCACAGAAAAGGUCUGGUGGAAUUCUCUCAGCCAUGACAUUGUACCCAUCGUCUAUGGCCCUCCACGGGAAGAUUAUGAGCGCGUUGCGCGCCCCCCCCCCAAUUCAUUUAUACAUCUACAGGAUUUUAAAGAUUUUGCUGAGCUCGCCGAUUAUAUACAUCUUCUUGAUUCAAAUGAGACAUUGUACAAUUCAUAUUUUGAAUGGAAGAAGCAAGGGUCAGUACGGAGCGUUAGAGAAAAGGCACUUAAAUCUGCACCAUUUAUGUGUAAAGUAGUCGCGAAAGUAUUGGAUUAUGAAAAGAAAUUAACCGGUCGUUACAAGGGUGAGUACCAGGGAGAGGAAAAGGAGCAUCCUUCCAUACACGAUUUCUGGUCAACCUCUUGCAUUAAACCAACCGGCUUCCCACAUGAUUUCUAAUGUCAUUCCUGAUAUAUAUAUAUCGAUGGGUCAGUGACACAAAGACGUAACUCCAUUUUUGCCAUUUUAAGAAAAAAUAAAGGUGGUUUAUGUGUCACUGAACACUUGGGCCUUAACGAGCUAAGUCUACGUUUCACUAGCCUUUGAAAUCAAUGGGGUGUUGGUGGAGUUCAGGCUCUUCCCCCAAAAAAGAUGUAAACAUGAGAUGGUUUCAGUUCGAGAUACUGAAUAGAAUUAUUUAUAUGAAAGUUGCUUUGUUAAUGUAUAAAUUAGUUACAGAUAACUUAUGUACAUUCUGUAAUAACAGUGAAGAAAAGAUUAAACAUAAAUGUUGUUAUUAUAUUUAUUCAAACGAAAUAUGGUCAAAACUUGAGUAUUGGCUGUCUCGUAAUAAUGUACUUAUUAAGUUAAAAAAAUUAAAAUAAAUUGUAAAAAUAAAAACAGUGCCCUCAACUGUAUUAUGAUUGUAGUAGGAAAGAAAGUUUUGCAGCCAAAUGCAAACAGUGUUUGCCAGCUUUUGAUCACAUAAUAUCAGCGAUAAAGUGUUAUUAUGACAUGGAAAAGUAUAUGUAAAAACAAAUCUGAAAGAAAGAAAUAUUUGAAAAUGUGGUUACUUUUUGCAAAUUUUGUCUGAUUGUUUAUUUUUUCUUAAAUUAUUUUGCCAAGUAAAUCUGUAAUAUUUUUAAAAAAGUGAACUACAAUUCGUAACUGAUUUAUAUAUGAUGAUAAAUCAAGUCUUUAUUAGAGAUUUUGCAUACACAUAAAACCAGGCCCGUCAACCCAGUGGGUUAGGCGGCAGGUUAUAAUCAAAACUAUAUACAAUAGCAAAGUACAUUAACAAUAAUAAUAUAAAAUAUUCGUCAUUGCAAUUACAAUGUAACAAUAUGUGUGAUAACAAGAAGCACCGGGA